AUAAAAAAGAAACGACGGUCUUUUCGCUUUCCUUUUCCAUCACCACCACCAACACCUCCUCCUCUUCUUCUUCCUCUUCUUCCCUUUCUUUCCCUUUCUCUCUUUUUUUUCUACGGAUAAUUUUACACACGAACCCUACAACAGUAAAUAAACCAUGUCCUCGCCACCCCCACCGCAGAAAGAACAACAUCAGCAGCAGCAGCCAGCGUCCUCUGGUUUCUCUGAAGAUAAAUAUAAGAAAUUAAAGCGAAAACUGCGUGAUAUCAUGGAGGUUAACGAAUCCAUGACCAAGGAGUAUGUGCGCGCCAAAAAGAAGAUUCAGACUUUGACGUUUGAGAGAAACCUCUUGUUGGACAACAUAACGCGGAUGGAGGGCCAUUCGUCCGAUGAUAAUAGCAGUGACGUGCCUAGCGAUUUGUCAGACACAGAAAGCGAUCUAGAAGAAGGUACAAUAACAACAACGAGUCAUAGACGCGUAUUAUCCGAAAGUCCAUCUCAAAACCGCGACUCGGCAACGGUGGCUUCGGCACCACCCAAACGCUCAAAGUUGUCGCGUCUUCCCACAAAGACACGUCGAGUACAACCGAUCGAUCGAGAUGAACAAGGUCAGCCGCGGCUACCUCAACAAAUCGGCGUGUUGACUGUAUUGGAUCUCGGCAAAAUUGUAAGCGACCGUGAUACCUUCCACAAUGAGCGAUACAUCUUCCCGGUCGGUUAUACUGUCAGCAGAACGUACCCGAGUAUGAAAGAUCCAAGCAACAACACAGUAAUCACAUCAACAAUCACAGACGGUGGCGACGGUCCACGGUUUCAUGUUAUUGCAGCUGAUCAGCCUGACGAGCCCAUCAUCGCCAAUUCAGCCACUGGUGCUUGGACGGUGGUCGUAAGAAAGUCCAACGAAAUUCGGCAGCGGGAACACUCCAACUCGGCCAGUGGGCCGGAUUAUUACGGAUUCAAGCACCCAACGAUCGCCAAACUGAUUCAAGAUCUGCCAGGCGCUGAGAAUUUACGGCAUUACGUACCCCAGAGCUUUGAGGAAAUGGAGCCACGCGCUGCCAAGGGAGUGAUGGCUGCAGCAGAAAAGAAACGCGGCAAUUUGGAGCAGAUGGGGAAUGCGAAUCGACGCGCACCUAAAGUCGACGGAAGUGAGGAUGGGAUGCUUGUGCAGGAGGACGGGAUGAUGAUGGACGUUGUCAAGGAGACAGCGUCGUCAUCGGCGUCAUCACCACCUGCCGUGUCUAUGGACAUGGAUGAUCAUACAGCGACUUUGUCGCCACCACCGUCGUCGUCAUCACAUUAUCAACAGCAAUCAUCAACGGAUAAAGCAGAGGCAGAAGCACUGCCAUCGAGCACAACCACAACACAAGCACCCUCUUCAGCCUUACGUAUGCAGGAUUUACUGUCAUCAACAACGCCACAAGAAGAGGAAGACGAGGUUGAUCAAUUGGGAAACAGUGAAGGGGAAUAAUUGGCCGGCCAGCACCUAUAAAUAAGAACAACAUUACCGCCCCGCUACCUGACGAUGCCACGACCUUAUCAUCAUACACGACACACACACCUAUGAUACACUAUACACAUAGCUUUGUAUAUAUUUAAGAUAUUUUAUAUAAUGUAAAGUUCCGCGCCCUUACUACUGUACUAUUUGUUUCUUUCUUAAUCUUUUGUUUUAUUUUUUUUUCUGCCCUUUUU